AUGGAUGUUCAUCAUCAAUCUGCAUCUCUAAACCAGAACCUUGAAAUUAGCAGAAUAGAGAGCGUUUCCACAUUCAUUAAUCCUGAAUUCAGAACAUACACUGAAGACCCAUCAUUUGAGAGUGAUACAUCAAGUUCAGAAUCAGAUUAUGAUACAAGGUAAUUACUUUGUUCGAGGUUUCUGUUUAAAAGACUAAACCAAUGUGGAUCUGUGUCUUUGAUUAAACCCAUUAGCAAGUCUGUAUAUUGCUAGGCAAAUUCACUCUCAAAAGGAAUUAGAUAUACAGUUUACCUCUUUUUCAUUAAUAGUUCUUGUUCAAGUAAAAAUCAAUCAGAAGAUGACCAAAGCAAUGGAAACUGGUGUAGUGAUGUUGAAGGGUAAGGAACAACUACAUGUACUGUACUUUUGUGUUAUAGUUUGGUUAUUUCUCAAUGUGCAAACAAAUCUAUCUUGCACUUGCUUUGCUGCCAGCUGCAACUACCUGUAUAGUUAAAUUACGCUCAUGCAGUCUCCUAUUUUAUACUAAUAUAUUUAUUGUUUUUGUUGUGGUACCUUAAAUGAUAUAUUGCGCAUGUGUAAACGAUUAAAGUGUAAAAAGUGUGCAUGUGCAACAAGCUUUUACAUCCCACAAGCAAAGAAGCAAAUGUUUUAGCUUAAAUUCGCUGAUUGCAAGUAGGGCAUGUUUGUCCAUUUUCAAAUGGGAAUUUAACUGUGCUAUUGCAAACUAAUAGCAUGGCUUUUCGGGAGAUUAGUGAUUAAAUGAUCCCUUACACUCGGCAGGUUUGCGGAAUCCCCUCGGGGAUUACUAAUUCCCGGGGAAACAAAAGCAUUAGCGAAGUCUAAAGUUCAUCAAUGAUCGCGCGGACGUGGCUCACCCAUGAAUAGCGGACACUGAUUGGUCCAAUUUAAAGUUUGCAUUAUAACGCCUGCAUGACGACAGUGAAAUAGGAAACAUUUCUUGAUUUGAUGAUUGAUAAAUUUCUUGCAAAUAUAUUUCAUUUUUGCUUGCAUUUUUGCAAGAUUUUGUCAAUUUCAAAAGCUUUCUCAGAAAGAAAGGGCAAAAGAAUCGGCUAAAAGAAAGGACUACAAGGGAGCCGACGUUAACAAAGGUAAGUUUGUUUUAAAUAUUGCAAACCUGCAUCUGGUUACAGGGUCAUUUAAUCACUAAUCUCCCUCAAGUCAUGCUAUUACUUAUAAGUAUGUAUUAAAAUCAAAGGGGCACCCUAGAUAUCAUCUGAGGCACCCUAUAUAUCAUCUGAGGCAUAGUAUUAAUGGCUUGUGAUUUAUAUAUAUAUAUAUACAUAUUAAAAAACCCUUCGUGCAAUUAUGGAUACAUAGAAUUACGAAAAUUUAACCCAUCAAAACCUUUUUCCAGAAAGGUUGUCCCUAAAUGUACCAUAUGAAUAAUCUAUCUACACUUUUUUUAAUAAAAUGUAGCUUCAUUUCCUUAAAUUUUCACAUGUGCAAAGAAGGCAAGUUUCAUACAUGCUAAUAAAGGAUCUGAUACACUCCACUCCUAUGUUGACUAUUUAUAUAUUAAAGUGCCCCUGACACAAAAAUUUUUUUUCAGUCUAUUGGAAGUACUCAUUUAGUAUAGUGUUCUAGCGAAAGAAUUUUUCGAUUUCAUCAGAGCUGUUUGAACACGCAAAAUUUGGGCUUUUGGUUGGCAGGCGUCCGUGUUCGAAGGAAACUGGAACGAGCGAUUUUUGUUACGUCACGCAAGUGAGUCGGCGUAUAUUCUUUUAUUCGACUAUACUAGUACUAUGAACUCUCGGCGGAUAUAUAAGUAGAUUUGUGAUCGAAAAAGAUAUGCCUUUUUACUGUGUUGCAGCUAACUGUACCAAUAAAGUAUGUUUAAAAGAUGGAAUAAGUCUACACAAUAUUCCAUACUUCAAUGACGAACAUGCGGAAGCUAAAGAAGAACUAGUAUGGGUUGAUUUUGUAUGUGCAAAGGGUUUGUUUGUGCCGUCAAAGACUUCGACUAUAUGCUCGGAUCAUUGUACUCGGAUCAUUGUAGAACAGAGGAUUACGAGAGGCAUUUUUUUCGUUGCCGGGGCUCAGCAAGCCUAACUAUCUGAAGCUAAUAAAGGCUGACGAUGAUUUGCUUUGUUUUGAUGAUUCAAUUUGCAAUUAUAUUUCGCCAAUUUCGGUUUUGCGGGCCAGCUAAAAAUAUAAAUAUUUUGUAAUACCGAAAUAAAAGAUGCAAAUCUGAAGACAAAAGCUUGAAAAUAUGACUCUAAAUAGUGUUUUGGAUUCCGGUUCGAAUAAGACUAUAGCGAAAAAGAUAUGUCCAAAGGGGCCGAAGUUAUGGUCGGCUAAAGGUAUGGCUACUUUACAUUGUUCGAGACUAAUUGAGUAAUAUAAUGAAUUAUGACACCGCUUGACCUCUCAAAGGUCAUAAAUAGCUAUUUGACUACAAUUUGACUAAAACUAUAUUUGACUAAAACUAUCAUUAGAAAUAAGGAGAUUUUGUUUCACUGAAUCGAAUGGUAGUAAUUUUGUCUUUAUAGCAUGCACCGAACCGGAGAUACGAACCUUGCAAAGUCAUAGAACGACACGUUAGUAGGAAGCUUAUUAAAGAUGCGCCAAAUCUGAGACAUGGCGCGACUAAAAAACAAUCGCUAACUGAUAAAUGGGAGACUAGUUUUACUUUGUGUUUCUUGUAUCCCUGACUUUGCUUACCAACAACAGUUUUUAUCUGUGAAGUGAAACUGUGAUAAUAGCGGCAGUUUUUUGUCACGUCCGCGUCGCAGAUUUGGUAAUAUUUAAUAAUGAUACCACUAGAGACCUGACGAGAUGCAGCUACAGAUUAGCAUCUUCCAAUACAUCAUAUUAACCAGGUAUAAAAUUCGCUCCAGAAUCAUCGGACUGAUUCUGUUGACAUGAUACUUUAUAGAACUUAGAAUAUAAAAAGUUAAACACUUCAGCGAACAAAACAUUUGAGCUGAUUAAAACAGAUAACUUAACAGACCAUCAAGACUCGACUCCCUUGCGUGACGUCAGAAUAAAUGCUACAGACUUCUGUCGACGACGGCCAUUAACCAAAAAUAUUUGGAUUCAAACGGCUCUAAAAUUUUUUCGUUUUGAUGAAAUCGAAAAAUUAUUUCGCUAGAACACUAUACUAAAUGAGUACUUUCAAUAGACUGAAAAAAUUUUUGUGUCAGGGGCACUUUAAGUGCAACUAAGCAGUUCAACAUGCUAACAAAACAGGUAGUGUGGGUUACAAACCCUUUUGAACUAAAAUUAUAUGGUAAUAUAGCAAUUAAGUACUAAGAACAGUUCAUCACAAAGGACAAUUUAUCUUUUAAGGUGACAGCAUAAGGAAUAACAUCCAAAAAAGACUCUUGCAGUAAUUUAAACCAUCAACUUCAUUCCAAAAUUAUUCUGUUGAGAUGUUUACCAGUAUAGCACAGAUGGAAGCUUUGUUAUCUGAGGAGAUGGCGCACAGGCUACCAUGGGGGCAAUACAUUAAUUGGAAUGGUGGUCAGGGCAAAAACAUUGCUUGUGAUAUGGCUCAAGAGAUCUGCAAUACAGUGAGUAAGGAUGUUGUGAGAGGGAUGGGAGCAAACAAGACAAGACACGCUAUGGUUAGGGCAUCAAAAGCAGCUGCAGGAGUACAUCAGAUUGUGAAGGGAAUAGAUGAUGCAUAG